AUGAGGAUGCCGGGACAGGCCGAAGGGGCGCGGAGGCGUCUGGAUCUGACCUCUCCUCAUGAAGUCAGAGGGGUUGAGGUUGUUCGAGGACGUGUAGGAUACGGGUUUACCUUAUCGGGACAAGGCCCGUGCCUCUUGAGUGGUAUAUUGGAGGGGAGCCCUGCAGACCAGGUGGGACUGAAGCAGGGGGAUCGUAUAGUGAGCGUCAACGGAACUGACGUGGCAAAGGCAUCCCAUGAGGCCGUGGUGCAGUUGAUUGGCACCUGUAAAGGCCCCUUACGGUUGGUGGUGCUUGUCGGGAGCGGGCCCUUGGUGGACCUAUCCUCCAGUGACGAGGAGUUAAGGAUUUCUAGAACAGAGGGAAAGGUGCUUUUUCAGAAGGGGGGUGUUUUUCGCACUGUUUCGGACCACUCUGGCAACUCGUCAUCUAACUCCGUAAACGCCACCCCAGCUAAACCAAGGCCUGUGUCGGAAUCCUGACAUGUCCCACUGGAUCCAACCUUCGAACUACAAAACCCAGCCUGUCUUCCUGUCUGAGGAGGAAACCGCCAGAGUGGCAGACUCUGUUUUCAACGACCAGGAGGAUGAUGUGAAUCCAGACUGGAGUAUUCUGAACACAGCCAUGGUGGUGGGCUACCUGGGCUCCACUGAACUGAUCUUGGCUUUGUCCAGACAUGGCUCAGAGGACGACUGCCUACAGGUGAUCCGCAGGUGUAUCAGACUUAUGGGCACAGAGCAGGAGACCCACACGCUGGUGAUGAUGAAGAUCAUGUUCGACUGCGUCCGCCUCUGUGAUGACACAGGAGCCGUCCUUGCCGCCUUCCCUGCCGAGAACCUUGUCCUGGGCGUGGUGUGUUCCGAGGACAGGCGCUUUUUUUGUCUGGUCACCACUGCGCACAUCUCUGGCGGCCACGUUGGCCAGAACGGUCCCCUGAGUACCUCCUGCCACGUCUUCUUCAUCGACCCCGAGCUGUGUCACCACAGUGACCACCUGGGCAUCACAGGGCGCUUCGGCUUCGACUGCACCCCUGACCCAGACACCCAGGGCUGCCUGGAGUUCCCCCUUACUCCCCCCUCCGUCCUCCAGUUUGUAUCUGUCUUAUACUGUGACAUGGGGGAGGCAGUGGAGAGGCUUAGAACCAGGCUGGACAGAGACUCAGCCCACCACCUCCACAUGCAACAGAAUGGCAGCAGCACCGGUAAGAACGGCAGCGCCAGCAGCAACGGAGACAGCGGGAUCGGAAAUGCCUCCCCCCCUGAGGAGAGAGCGGACAGGGAUUUCCCCAUCGCCCACGGAAACGACCCUGGGGGCCAGCUCCCCAGCUGUCCAUGGGAGGAUUACCCCCAGGCCGAAGGAGACCUCACCCAAAUACUAGCUCAUCAAAAUGGCCGCCUAAACGUCCAUCCUAAUCCAGGCAGCACAAAUUCCCUUUCUGAAUCUCUACCGGGCCCAGCGUUGUUAACCGGCCCAUCCGGUGGCCCUCCUCCCAGGCUGGAGUUUCAGUUCAAGCCCCCGCCACCACCGUACCCUCUGGCUAAGAACCAGAAACAGAACCUAACAGGAGGAGGCCCCUUCAGAAGCAGUCAGUGCUGGUUCUCUAUGAGUGUCAAGCAGAGGUGGCCUAAGGGCCGAGGUGGAGAGCCCGAGUCCCAGGCAACACCGGCCACUAACAGCUGGUCAGGACCAGCCACGUUGGGUAGCACCAAUGCUCUGCCACCCCCCAUGAGCCAGAUCCCACCAGACAGGUACCUGGCAGCGGAGGCCAUGAUGCUGCUGCCCCAGAGGGAGGAGUGGAGCAAACGACUCUGGAGAGUAGAAUCUGGAGAGCUGCUGAAUGGAAAUCCCAGGAAAGAUGCCAAUACCAAGGUGAGAUAUUUUUUUAAACAUUUUAGUCAUUUAGCAGACGCUCUUAUCCAGAGCGACUUACAGUUAGUGAGUGCAUAAAUUUUUUUUCAUACUGGCCCCCUGUGGAAAUCGAACCCACAACCCUGGCGUUGCAAACGCCAUGCUCUACCAACUGAGCUACACGGGACUAGAAGAGGGAAUGCUGUUGUGUUGUUUAUUGUGUGAUGUGUCAAUGUAUGUGAGUGCUUGUAUGUGUUUACUGAAUGUAUAGGCCAGAGUAAAUCCAGGGUGUAA